CAAACAGUGGAGAGUACGAGCGUAGUUACCGAAAAUUCUCUACCUCAUCUUAGUAUUUAUCUUCAAAUAGUUCAAAUAUCUCAGCAUGGCUCAGAAAGAAGCACAAAACAUGCAGCUCAUUCAAGAGCUGGAAAUUGAAAUGAUGGCUGACAUGUACAAUCGUCUAACGUCAGCGUGCCAUAAAAAAUGCAUUCCUCCUGUUUACGGUGACUCUGAAAUUGCAAAAGGUGAAGCAGUCUGCAUCGAUAGGUGUGUCGCCAAAUUCCUCGAUAUUCACGAAAGAAUUGGCAAAAAGUUGGGUCAGUUGUCCAUGCAAGAUGAAGCAUUAUUGAAAAAAUAGUUAUUAACUAUGAACUAGUCGUUUUUAGUAGUUUUGUUAAUAGAACCUCAUUAAACCAUGUUCAGUUUUGAGUA